GGCAUCAGGCCCCUCUAGCCUCCUGCAGCUGCCAUUCAGGACCCCCUGAGUGGGAGAGUGCAGAGGAAGACCUCCUCUGCUUGCCUGGCCCCUCGAGGGGAGGACAGCGCCACCAUGGGGACCUCCAGGAUGCAUCUGCAGGCACUGAGAAUCUGUCACCUCUGGCUCUGGGCUAAGGAGCCACUGCUAACUCUAGGUCAGCCAGAGUGACAGGCACUUCUAUCCCUGCUGUGUUUAGAAUCCCAACAGGUGGUGGAUGCCUGUUUCCUUUCAUUGAGUGGAAGGGGUGGGGAUGUGCUUCUGGGACUCACACAGUGUGCUCGGGCCUCCAGAGCCUGCCUGUGGGGUUAAUCAGGCCUGUACCAAAUCUUGGUGCUGGGUGACCUCAGCUGAGUGGCUCGACCUCUCUGAAUGCUGACGGAGACAGACACUCUCUGAGGGGUGUACCAGUCAGCAUUUAUUUCUGGCGCCCCUAACCAGCAGCAGGUAGCUGGGGGUGGGGUGGGGGGCCUGCUGCAUACAGCCCUGCUCCACGUGACCCCUCUCCUGAGACCAGCAGACUGGCAGAGAGGCCAGAGGCUAGUGUCCCCUGGCCAGUGGCACAGGUGCAAGUGGGGAGAGCAAAAUCAUAUGUGUCUCUUAAGGCCCAGCAUGGCAUGCUGUCACCUCCAUGAGGAGCCAUGGCAGAGGUGACAGGUUGGUGCCCUUUAUUCCGUCUGCCAUGAUAGGUGUUGGUUGGUUGGCCUCAGUCCUUUGGGAGGAAAAAGUACCUAAUUUAUGUAUUUUUAUUUAUUUAUUUGAUAGCCAGCAGAGCCUUUUCCUCCCAUGAGGUCUUAACCUGGAGCCUCAGCCUACGUAGACAUUAACAGUGGAGUUGCUCUCACAGGCAGUGUGAGGGGGUGGGGAUGGUGAACCCACCCACCAGUCUUCACCUUGACCCCAGAGCUUUGCAGGCCCAGUUUUAAAACAUUGAAUGUUGGGUUUCAUUUUCAGAAUUUACACAUGUACACCAAGACCACAGCCUGGGGGCAGGUGACAAAGGGUAGCAGGUCACGUGGGGAUUACAGCCACUGUUCUUUGCUAUCUGUAGUGGUUAUGUUUUCUACAAUGAGCAUGCCACCCUUUUCUUUUUUUUGCCUUUUGCACUACUUCUGCAACCAGAGGAAUAGUCUCGCAGUUUAUUUGAAAAAUUGUUAUCUUUUUACAUACUUGUGUUUUGUGAUUAGAAUCUAACCGGUGCAUCUUAAUGCUCACUUCCAAGGUCAAAUUUGCUUCAAAUGGCCUCUUUUCCCUAAAUUUAUCUCUGGAGCAAACAGGGGAACAUUUGACUCUGUGGGCAUCCAGCUGUGCCUCCCUCAGGGGCCAGCCCCUUGAGGUGUGUACUCAGCAGGUGAGCUGGAUUUGUUCUGCACCCUCUUUUGCUCAGACUACCUGGGAUCACGGGAGCCCUGCUUUCCCUCCCCCUCAUCUCAGUUCACCAGCCUCAGCCCAGUUGUUGACCCAGUUCCCUGCACUGCCCAAGGAAAAUUGAGUGCCAGAAAGAAAAGCAGUCAUACUCAAAUUCUGUUCAAUGUAGGAGGAACUCUGCCUCACCUUUUAAAAAGCCUUGGAAGAUACCAUGCUUUAGAAAUGAUAAAGUUAAUAUCAUAUUUCCAAGUAGAGUUUAGAAAAAGAUCUGAACUUUAAUGAAAAUUAGUAAAAAGCGGAUGUUUACUUUUGGGUGUGAGGUAAUGUCAUUUUGUGUAGUGUUAGCUAGAUGUGUUUUCUCAUGCCUUGCAUAUUUUGAUUUGCAUAACUCACUUUGUGGUCGCUUAGAAUGCUUAACCCUUACAAAGCCCGUGUCUGCAUGCAUCUCCAGCUGACAUGUGAUGCCCGCUGAUCUGUGUGUGCCUGUCCUGCGUUUGUGCAACACAACUGUACCCCAGGAAGGCGUGUUGCAACCUUAGCACUGUCAGCAGUCAGCUCACCUGAGGUGCAGCAGGGAUGUUUAGAAAGCCUGGAAGAGUUCACAGCAUGUAAUGAACAGGACAAGGUCAGUGAGAUACUGGACCAGGGCUGCAAAACAAUUUUGACAAACAAGUCACUAGACAUUCUUCUGCGUCUAUCUGACACUAGUCAGAGUGGAAAAACCUGUCUUGCCACUUGAGGUGAGGCUCCUUGGAAAGUAAGGAAGUGAGGAAACUUCUAGAUAAUUCCGGCCCUGAACAUUUGGCGAGACUUUCGGAUCGUGAAGGGUGAGGGGUGCUUGCACAGACAUCGCCUGAGGUGGGUCACACCCCCCAACUUCUCUGUGAGCGGUCCUCACCGGACCCAGCAUGGACCAAAAGAGGAGAAAGAACAUUCCAGAAGGUCUCCAUAUCCCAGGUGCUGGGGACAUGGGCGGCAAACCGUCCACGCCAGGCAGGGACCCCACAGUGCCGUGCCCUGGGACAGAAGGCAUUCACGCUGCAUACAAGCAAGGAAACCCCAGCAGGGCCCGGCACCUGCUCAGAGAGGCUUGUGACGAGAGCACGUCCCAGCUCGAAAAGGGCCAGCUUCUGAGCAUCUCAGCAGCCUACGGGGAUCUGGAGACCGUCCGGUAUCUUCUCACCGAGAGGCGGGUGGAGCUGUCGACGGAGCCCACGGAUGACAACCCUGCUGUGGUGGCAGCGCAUUUUGGACACACUGACGUCGUGCAGGAAUUGCUCGAGUCUUUGCCAGGUCCCUGCAGCCCCCAGCGGCUGCUCAACUGGAUGCUGGCUUUGGCUUGCCAGCGAGGGCACCUGGGGGUGGUGAAGCUCCUCGUCCUCACACACGGGGCCGACCCAGAGAGCUACGCGGUCAGGAAGAAUGAGUUCCCUGUCAUCGUGCGCUUGCCCCUCUACGCGGCCAUCAAGUCAGGGAAUGAAGAUAUUGCCAUAUUCCUGCUUCGGCACGGGGCCUUUCUCUGUUCCUACAUCUUACUGGACAGCCCUGACCCCAGCAAACAUCUCCUCAGGAAGUAUUUCAUUGAAGCUAGUGCCUUGCCCAGCAGUCCAGGAAAAAUGGCUCUUCGUGUAAGAUGGUCCCACCUCAAGUUGCCUUGGGUGGACCUAGACUGGCUGAUAGACAUCUCCUGCCAGAUCACCGAGCUGGACCUGUCUGCCAACUGCCUGGCUUCCCUCCCGUCGGUCAUCCCCUGGGGACUCAUCAGCCUCCGGAAGCUGAACCUCUCAGACAAUCACCUGGGGGAACUGCCUGGCGUGCAGUCAUCGGAUGAAAUCAUCUGUUCCAGGCUACUCGAAAUUGACAUUUCCAGCAACAAGUUGUCCCAUCUCCCGCCAGGAUUCUUGCACCUCUCAAAACUUCAAAAACUGACAGCUUCAAAAAAUUAUUUAGAAAAGUUGUUUGAAGAAGAAAAUGCCACUAACUGGAUUGGUUUGCGGAAGCUACAGGAACUCGAUAUUUCUGACAAUAGAUUGACGGAACUCCCUGCACUUUUCCUUCAUUCUUUCAAGUCACUCAAUUAUCUGAAUGUCUCCAGAAAUAACCUGAAGGUGUUUCCAGAUGCCUGGGCCUGCCCUUUGAAAUAUUGUAAGGUAUCCAGAAAUGCCCUGGAAUCUCUACCAGACAAGAUGUCUAUCUUUUGGAAAAACCACCUUAAAGAUGUGGAUUUCUCAGAAAACAUGCUCAGAGAAGUUCCCCUGGGACUUUUUCAGCUUGAUGCCCUCAUGUUCUUGAGGUUACAGGGCAAUCAGCUGGUGGCACUGCCGCCUGCAGAGAAGUGGACCUGCAGACAGCUCAAAACCCUGGACCUCUCCAGAAACCAGUUUGGCAGAAACGAAGACGGACUUAAAACAAAGCGUAUUUCCCUUUUCACCACCAGAGGCCGCCAGCGUUCAGGGACGGAGGCAGUGGGUGUGCUGGAGUUUCCUGCUUUCCUGAGCGAGUCUUUGGAAGUCCUCUGUCUGAAUGACAAUCACCUGGACGCAGUCCCUCCCUCAGUUUGCCUACUGAAGAGCCUGUCAGAACUCUACUUGGGAAACAAUCCUAGCCUCCGAGAGCUCCCUGCUGAGCUGGGACAGCUGGGAAACCUCUGGCAGUUAGACAUUGAAGACCUCAGCAUCAGCAACGUGCCUGCUGAGAUCAGAAAAGAAGGCCCCAAAGCAAUGCUGUCUUACCUGCGAGCUCAGCUACGGAAAGCGGAAAAGUGCAAGCUGAUGAAAAUGAUCAUCGUGGGUCCCCCGCGCCAGGGCAAGUCCACCCUCCUGGAGAUCUUACAGACGGGGAGGGCCCCCCAGGUGGUGCACGGCGAGGCCACCAUCCGGACCACCAAGUGGGAGCUGCAGAGGCCAGCUGGCUCGAGAGCCAAGGUUGACUCCGUGGAAUUCAACGUCUGGGACAUUGGCGGCCCUGCCAGCAUGGCCACCGUCAACCAGUGCUUCUUCACAGACAAGGCCCUGUACGUGGUGGUCUGGAACCUGGCCCUAGGCGAGGAGGCUGUGGCCAACCUCCAGUUCUGGCUGCUCAACAUCGAGGCCAAAGCCCCGAACGCCGUGGUGCUGGUGGUCGGAACACACCUGGACUUAAUCGAAACCAAAUUCCGUGUGGAGAGAAUCGCUACCCUGCGCGCCUACGUGCUGGCUCUCUGCCGCUCACCCUCCGGGACCAGGGCCACGGGCUUCCCAGACAUCACUUUCAAACACUUACAUGAGAUUUCCUGUAAGAGCUUGGAAGGCCAGGAAGGGCUGCGGCAGCUCAUUUUCCACGUCACGUGCAGCAUGAAGGACGUGGGCAGCACCAUCGGCUGCCAGCGACUCGCAGGGAGGCUGAUUCCCAGGAGCUACCUGAGUCUCCAGGUGGCUGUGCUGGCGGAGCAUCAGCGCCGCAGCCUGAGUGACGACGUGCAGUACCUGACGGACAGGCAGCUGGAGCAGCUGAUGGAGCAGACGCCCGGCAAUGACAUCAGAGACUACGAGGACCUGCAGUCUGCCAUCAACUUCCUCAUAGAAACGGGCACCCUGCUCCACUUCCCGGACACCAGCCACGGCCUGAGGAACCUCUACUUCCUUGACCCCAUUUGGUUGUCCGAAUGUCUGCAGAGGAUCUUCAACAUCAAGGGCUCCCGGUCAGUGGCCAAGAAUGGGGUGAUCCGGGCAGAGGACCUCAGGAUGUUGCUGGUGGGGACCGGCUUCACGCAGCAGACAGAAGAGCAAUACUUCCAGUUCCUGGCCAAGUUUGAGAUCGCCCUGCCUGUUGCCAAUGACAGCUAUCUCCUCCCACAUCUCCUUCCGUCCAAACCUGGCCUGGACACCCACGGCAUGCGGCACCCCACAGCCAAUACCAUUCAGAGGGUAUUUAAGAUGAGCUUCGUUCCCGUUGGCUUCUGGCAAAGGUUUAUAGCACGGAUGCUGAUCAGCUUGGCAGAGAUGGACCUCCAGCUUUUUGAAAACAAGAAGAAUACUAAAAGCAGGCACAGGAAAGUCACCAUUUACAGUUUCACAGGAAACCAGAGAAAUCGCUGCAGCACAUUCAGGGUGAAAAGAAAUCAGACCAUCUAUUGGCAGGAAGGGCUCCUGGUCACUUUUGAUGGGGGCUACCUCAGUGUGGAAUCCUCAGAUGUGAACUGGAAAAAGAAAAAAAGCGGAGGAAUAAAAAUCAUUUGCCAAUCAGAAAUGAGAGACUUCUCAGCAAUGGCUUUUAUCACAGACCAUGUCAAUUCCUUGAUUGACCAGUGGUUUCCUGCCCUGACAGCCACGGAAAGUGAUGGGACGCCACUCAUGGAGCAGUACGUGCCCUGCCCGGUCUGCGAGACCUCCCGGGCGCAGCACACUGACCCCAGCGAGAAGUCGGAGGGCGUGCAGUACUUCGACAUGGAAGACUGCGUGCUGACGGCCAUCGAGCAGGACUUCAUCUCCUGCCCCAGACACCCCGACCUCCCUGUGCCUCUCCAGGAGCUGGUCCCCGAGCUGUUCAUGACUGACUUCCCGGCCAGGCUUUUCCUGGAGAACAGCAAGCUGGAGCACAGUGAGGAUGACAGCGCCGUCCUGGGCCAGGGCGGGAGUGGCACCGUCAUCUACCGGGCCCGCUACCAAGGCCAACCUGCAGCUGUGAAGCGAUUCCAGAUCAAGAAAUUCAAGAAUUUCGCUAAUGCCCCAGCAGACACAGUGCUGAGGCACCUGCGGGCCAUGGAUGCCAUGAAGAACUUCUCAGAGUUCCGGCAGGAGGCCAGCAUGCUGCACGCCCUGCAGCACCCGUGCAUCGUGUCGCUCAUCGGCAUCAGCAUCCACCCGCUCUGCUUCGCCCUGGAGCUCGCCCCCCUGGGCAGCCUCAACACCGUGCUGUCUGAGAACGCCAAAGAUUCUUCCUUUAUGCCCCUGGGACACAUGCUCACCCAAAAAGUAGCCUACCAGAUCGCCUCCGGCCUGGCCUAUCUGCACAAGAAAAACAUCAUCUUCUGUGACCUGAAGUCAGACAACAUCCUGGUCUGGUCUCUCGAUGUCAAGGAGCCCAUCAACAUCAAGCUGUCCGACUACGGGAUCUCACGGCAGUCAUUUCACGAGGGCGCCCUUGGCGUAGAGGGCACUCCCGGCUACCAGGCCCCGGAGAUCAGGCCUCGCAUCGUGUAUGAUGAGAAGGUAGACAUGUUCUCCUACGGAAUGGUGCUCUAUGAACUCCUGUCGGGACAGCGGCCCGCGCUGGGCCAUCACCAGCUGCAGAUUGCCAAGAAGCUCUCCAAGGGCAUCCGCCCGGUUCUGGGGCAGCCAGAGGAGGUGCAGUUCCACCGACUCCAGGCCCUCAUGAUGGAGUGCUGGGACACGAAGCCCGAGAAGCGACCACUGGCCCUUUCGGUGGUGAGCCAGAUGAAGGACCCAACCUUCGCAGCCUUCAUGUACCAGCUGCCCUGCGGGAAGCAGACGGCCUUCUUCUCGAGCCAGGGUCAGGAGUACACGGUGGUGUUCUGGGAUGGGAAAGAGGAGUCCAGGAACUACACGGUGGUGAACACAGAGAAGGGCCUUCUGGAAGUGCAGCGGAUGAGCUGUGCAGGGAUGAAGCUGAGCUGCCAACUCAAGGUCCAGAGCUCUCUGUGGACGGCCACCGAGGACCAGAAGAUCUACAUCUACAGCCUGAGGGGCAUGUGUCCCUUAAACACACCCCAGCGGGCUCUGGACACCCCAGCUAUUGUCACCUGCUUCUUGGCAGUGCCUGUUUUAAAAAAGAACUCCUACCUGGUGCUGGCAGGCCUGGCUGAUGGGCUCGUGGCCGUGUUUCCCGUAGUGCGGGGCACCCCAGACGAUAGCUGCUCCUACCUGUGCUCACACACAGCCAACAGGUCAAAGUUCAACAUCCCAGAUGAAGAUGCACGGCAGAACCCCUACCCAGUGAAGGCCAUGGAGGUGGUCAACAGCGGGUCUGAGGUCUGGUACAGCAACGGGCCAGGCCUACUGGUCAUUGACUGUGUGGCCCUGGAGAUCAGCAGGCGGCUGGAGCCCUACUUAGCCCCUUCGGCAGUCACCUCGGUCGUGUGCAGCUCAGAGUGCAGGGGUGAGGAGGUCGUCUGGUGCCUGGAUGACCGGGCCAACUCCUUGGUGAUGUACCAUUCAGCCACCUACCAGCUGUGUGCCCGGUACUUCUGCGGGGAUCCCAGCCCCCUCAGGGACAUGUUUCCUGUGUGGCCAUUGGGCCCAGAGCCCCCAGGCAGCCACACGGCCAUCCCGAAGGAACCUGAGGGGGACGCCAUCACAGACGUGAGCAUCAUGUACAGCGAGGAGCUGGGCGUGCAGAUCCUGACCCACCAGGACUCGCUGACCGACUACUGCUCCAUGUCCUCCUACUCCUCAUCCCCGCCCCACCGGGCCACUGUGUCCUCCUCAAGCCUGCCCUGCUCCCCGGCAAGCUCUUCCGGCGUGCCCUUCUCCACCGACUGCGAGGACUCCGACAGGCUGCGCGAGUCCACCGCAGGCGCCGACAGGUCUGAGCACGACCUCGGCCCCGUGGACGGGGAGGCUUUCGGCCAGCACCUGCAGGCCGUGAAGAUCCUAGCCGUGAGAGAUGUCAUCUGGGUCCCCAGGCGUGGUGGAGAUGUUAUCGUCAUUGGCCUGGAGAAGGAUGCGGGUGCCCAGCGGGGCCGAGUCAUCGCCGUCUUAAAAGCCCGUGAGCUGACUCCGUGGGGGGUGCUGGUGGAUGCGGCUGUGGUGGCAAAGGACACAGUUGUGUGCGGCUUUGAGAACGAAAACACAGAGUGGUGCCUGGCUGUCUGGCGCGGCUGGGGCACCAGGGAGUUUGCUAUUUUCUACCAGUCCUGUGAGGAGCUGGGUCGGCUGGAGGCCUGCAUGCGCAAGAGAAGGUAAUUCCUAUGGGAUGAUGGGCAGGCGGAGCUGACCACCUCCGUCCAGCAGCCUGACUCCUCCGCCUGCAACACUUUGAGGACCCAGAAGAUGGACUGGCUUCUCCCCGGGACUGCUGGCAGCUAAGAAGUGCCGAGAAGUCACCACCCUGGAGGUGGUUUGCGGGUCGUCUGGCUCUCCAGCACCUGGAGACCCACAUCUCCUCAGUGCUGGUUGUACAGCCCAAGAGAAGACGGUGGGGAGAAACUCCCCUGCCUCCUCUAUCUACUUCCAGGAGCAGGGGAGGGGACCCCAUUCUGAGCUAGGUCACACGAUGGGGGGCUGGGCCUUCCUAAAUAACGGGCCUGCCCAUUUUCCUCCCCAGGUCUGGGAUGGAAUUACACUAGAGGCUUUCACAUGGGGAGCAGUUCGGGGCAGAGUGGGAGUUGAGCUGUGACCCCUGCCCCUUCCCUCCGUGGCCCCCAGGCUCUCAGCACACUUCAUAAGCUCCUGAGUCCCCAGGGCCGGGGCCCUGCUCGGGCAAGCUGAGAUCGGAUGUCUCCUGCUCAGGAAAGCCUCUCUGUGAGAAACCCCCAGAAGGACCCUGAGCGAGGAGCAUUGCCCAAUCCAGGAAUGAAUGAGUUCCUUGAAGUGAUGCAGCCAGAAAGCCAAGAGCCAGCACCAUGCUAAGAGCACCGACUCAGCCUUCACAUUCUCGUCCCACCAACAAAAGGAAGGGGAAACACAAUCAUCAGGACUUGAGAAAGGGCCUUGUGUUUACGGCUUUGUAAAAUAAACUUGGACGCAGCUGGAGCACAAA